AUGUCCGCCCCACGUGUGGAUUCUGUGCGAACAUCGGCGGCUCAUGCGUCUACCAAGCCCCAGAGACGGACUAUUCCUCGUGAGACCCCAGUCCACUGCCUACGCCCCUUGGGGGAAGCUUACCGGCCCAGAUUUGACCCCGCCGCAUUGGCUUUGCUCGAGAAGAUGGACUACAUGAUCUCCCUAGUGGAAAAGGCCAAAUCCGACCCACCAGUAGAUUCUAGCCCGUCCGAUGUGCCGGUCACGAGUGACCAUAUUCAGAGUAGCGCGGUCCGUCCAUGGACAGCUCACGCGGACUUGCAAGAAAUCCCGUCGCGUUGUGAUAUCUCGUGUCGAAUCCUCGAGUGGCCGAUAUUCGAUGAAAUUCAAUAUAAUCGAAAGCGGGACGCCCUAUUUGUCGGCCGGGUAAAAGCCUCACAGCAGAGUCAUCUGAGGUCGCAAGGCAUUGUCGAGGAGCAUAUCUCUUCCUAUGUUGACCAAUUUCUAAUCAAUGUGCACACCAAAAAUCCCGUUGUCGACCACACUCUGCUCAGCCAACAUGUCCGCGAUAUUGCAGAGAAUGGGCUAGGAUGGGACGGACCCACCAGCGUGACCCUCAUGGCAUGUGCAUUGGGUAUUAUCUCUCAACCAUUCCAGCGAAUUCCCGUGACGAACGUGAAGACUGUCGAACCCGAUCUUUCUUUGGCAGAUGUCUAUUAUACCGCCGCCCGAAAGCGCAUCGGCCUACUUGACACCGCCUCGUUGGAGUACCUGCAGACCACGUUCCUGUCAGGUGUUUAUGAAAUGUAUACACUGCGUCCGUUGGUAGCCUGGCACUCUUUCCAUGCCGCCUGUAGCAGCAUGCAGUUGGAAAUUCGCACGGAGAUCAAUCUCACGCCUCUAAAAACACCUAGCUGGAACUUGACCGAAGAGUUGCCAAUGCCACCACAUGAAACCAGGGAUGAGGACGUCCCCACAAUCUUCCCGCUGGAAGAAAGCUGGUAUUACUAUCUAACGGAUAUUUCACAAAGAGCGAUUCUAGAUCGUAUACUCAAUUCAUUCUAUGCGGAAGAGUCAGAUCGACACUGGCUUCAGACCUCUCCAAAUGACAUGGCUCGCAUCGCAUUAGAACUUGACCGGCAGCUGGUUAUGACAGACACCAAUCUGCCUCCUUGGCUACACUAUUCACAAGAGAAUAUCGGAGACCGCGAAUUACCUUAUUUCAUCCAUCGGCGAUUGCUUCAGAUGCAAGAAUGUCUCUUCAAACCCUUCUUGUUCCGGGUAUUACAUUGCCAUGAGACUCAACCUCAAGUCAUUUCCGAGCUAGCGCAACGCUGCGUGGAGGCAUGUCGGACGAAUAUUUUGGAAACCGCCAUCCAGCAUCGACACCAUGGCAGUUGGUUUGUGGCCCGAGGAGCAUUUCGGUGCGCGAUGGCAAUAGUUGCUGCGGCCAAGAGCGGGAAAUUGGUCAUGCCAAAUGAUUGGUUCGCGUGUGUAGAAACCGCGUUGACGGUUAUUGAAUUCUGGGGACAAGAGGCCGCUGAUCUCCAGCCUCUCGGCCAAAUUCUCCGCAUGGUGUACGAUCACACAAAGGAGCAGCUAGAGCAAGAACAGUCGCGCUACUGA